AUGGGUUUGACCAAGAUCCUCCUCAAAGCCAUCAUCAUCCCCGUUGUGGUGGUGUUGUUGAUGGGUGCCGUUGUCUGGUUUCUCAUCAAGCGCCACCGCGACCGCAAGCGCGAAGAUAAGGCCAUCGAGGGCCAACAGUUCCAGCAAUUCCAACCGCCCCCUAUAACCCAGUGGGCCACGGGGCCUCAUCCAGCCUCGCCAGUAUCAGCUAUGCACAAGCCGGAGCCGGUCUUCUAUCCUGUGCAGCAGCCGGCUGACCCUCGAGGACAGGUUUGA